AUGUGUGUAGAUUUCAAAGUGAAAACCCUGGCUGUGGAUGGAAACAAAGCAAAGCUAGCAAUCUGGGACACAGCAGGUCAGGAACGUUUUCGAACUUUAACACCCAGUUACUACAGAGGAGCUCAGGGUGUCAUUCUGGUGUAUGAUGUCACCAGGCGAGAGACGUUUGCUAAGCUGGAUAACUGGUUGAAUGAGCUGGAUACAUACUGUACAAGAAAUGAUCUUGUCAAAAUGCUGGUGGGAAACAAAAUCGAUAAGACUGUUCAUUGA